AUGGCGUCGAACGCGAACAUUGAAGACACCCAUGACGCGCUGAACUCGCCGCAACCGCGACGCCGACCACUGCGCUCCCCUAAACCGUCCGCCAAAGUCCGCGAAACGUUGAUUCCCCUCGAAAACAAGGCAAAACCGACCAAGAAUACAACCCCACCGGAUAGUUCCCCUGCGAACCUAAACUCAAUAUCGUCUAUGGAAACCACUCCGUCAAGUACGACCGAUUCGCUGUUCUGCACGAUCGACACUUCCAGAGUAGAGAGCGGAGAAGGUGAUAAGACUUCGGUGGGGGCAAUUAGGACAAUCGUUGAGAGAGAAAUCCGGGGAAGGGGAGACUGCGUCAAUUGGCGAUGUCGCGCAGUGACAAAAGAUCCAAAGAACCCGAGCCGGGUUAGGAUUGCCUGUAGGGACGAGGCCGAACUCAAAAUUGUCAAGGAGGUUGCAGAGAAAAAGAUGGCAACAGGCACCCGAGUGCUACGGGACGAGCUUUACCCGAUCAAGGUCGACAAUGUCAACCGCUCGGUGGUUCUGGACGACGAAGGCAACAUCCGAACUGGAGCUGCGGAGGCAUUCAGUCAAGAAAACGAAACCACAGUGGCGAAGAUUGCUUGGCUGAGCAGGAAAGAUACAGCGAAAGCGUACGGAUCGAUGGUGGUUUACGUCACCAAAGGGAGCGAUGCAAGGAGAUUGUUGAGUGAGGGUUUCUUCCACGCUGGGGGAGAAUCCGGAUACACACGGGUAUUUGAACGCCGGGUGCGUCCGGAGCAGUGUUACAACUGCCAGGAAAUCGGACACAAAGCCUUCAACUGCAAGAAAGCCCAGGUGUGCGCAAAAUGUGCCAAGCAAGGCCACCACCACAGCGGGUGCAAGGAAACGGUCAUGAAGUGCGUUCUCUGCGGAGGACCACACGAAUCUUUCAGCCACAACUGCCCGAAGCUUUAUCCUACUAGCCAGAAGUAG